AUGGGGACUGGCCGCAUAUGUCUACAAUGCCAUAGAGAACUGCAGCAAAAUCCGACUUCAAGGGCUAAGAAUCAAGGUAAGAAAAUGUAUGAAGUUCGGGAUAGAAUGAUCUCACCGAUUGAGAUAAGGUGUAUAAGGUGCCAUAGGAGGCUUUCAAGAAAUGAUAAGUGCUUUGACAGCACACUAAGACCAGUUCAGUUAGCUUUAGGCUUAGUUUUCCUCGGUUGUGAAUCGGUUUACGGCGGUGUCAAGGGAGCUGUUCAUGGUAUAAAGGGUACUCCUAGUAAUCACAAAAAACAACAUACAGAAGAAACUACAGAGGAAGCCUUCCCACCUGGCUCAUCAGAUGAAUUACCAGUCGAGCCACCACCGAAUUACGAAGAGGCAACCGGCAGACGUUGA